AAUUUAAUCCCAUCCGUCUGGAAUGAUAUAAAACGUGGGUGCAUUGCCGCGUUGGAUAACACUCGCGCUAAAUCCUUCAGAUCGCCCGCCAAAAACCCCCUUCAGAAGAUUUGAAUGUUUCAUUCCCUCGACGGCAAACCUAGGGUUCCGGGACCUCUCUCUCUCCCUCCCCCACGAGAGCUCACAUCGCGCCGCCGUGUUUGAGCUUCUUCCUCAUCGUCUUCACCUGCGGGGAGGAUUAAGAGGGAAAAAAAAAGCAAAGCCAGUAAGAGGGUCAAGAACAGAACUACCAACUCAAAAUGUACGGAAGAAAAGGGUAUCAGCUGGUGAAAGACUUCGCAAGUAGUGAGAAGGGGCAGAUCAAGCCUUUCAAUAGCAAGCUCUUUGACGAGACAGUUGAAGAAUGCAACCAAAAUCACCACGUCCUCCAAUCCUUAAUAAGGAAAAUGCAACAAGAAGGUUUGGAUGUGCAGAGUAAUAGGAAUGCAGACCAUUACGGGGCGUUAAUUCAUCACCUCUCGUUGACCCGUAACAAGCGCUGCCUCAUGGCUUAUGCGUACAACCGUGCUGAAAUUGUCCGAGAUCUAGCAUGGACUGUAGGACUUGAACUUCUGGACCUUCCCCCUGAUAUCCAAGAGAGGCUCGCCACACUAGAGAAAGAGUACUUCAAGAACCAUUCAGUAGCUCUAAAAUCAUACAUGGGAAAAGUUGGAAUCGAGUUGAAUGUCGAUAUGGUGCCUCCAAAAGAUCCUUAUAUCAAGGUCAGAGUUGUGGAUGACAUAGACGAGGGAAUCGUGCUGAGCGACAAAACAACAAACUUUGCCCGUCACUCCAUGCAUUUCCUGAAACGAACGGAUGCUGAACCAUACAUUGCCCGGGGCUUGAUGGAGGAGCUCACAAGUUGAUCACAACCGAGCACUGUGGUGCUUAGAUUUGUUCACCCUCUGCACUUAGGAAAACUUCGCCAGGCUAAAUUUGUAGUCUGCUUGUAUAAUUCCAAGACAGAGACAUAGCUUUGAUUGCUAUAUAACCAUGUGACUUUGUUGUAUGUGUAUAUAAUAUCCUAAUGCAUAUGUUCAUAGAAGAAAAAAAGGCGCUUGGACCGAGCAACCCAUAUCUAGCCCACAAGGCCGGGCCCCACCUGUGCCUGGUCCAGUUAAGAACAUCCUGAGUCGUGUCCUUUGUAUACGUGUACCCUCUUGCCUUAAAUAACCGAUGUCAAA